UUAUUUACAUUUUCAAGCAGCACUGCGGGUGUGAAUUAAAAACUUGUGCUGUGCAUUUAAAUAGAUAAAUAAGAACGAUAAAUGCUUUAGCCAUGUUUGGAAGCCUGAAGAAAAAGCUGAGCAGUGCCAUACAGGAGGGCAUUGUGAUCUCGGAGAGCCUGCAGCAGCAAUAUCGCCAACGUGUCAGUUCUGGCCAGUCGAGCGCCGCCACAACACCCACCUCGCCCCUGGGACUGAACGAAAGUCUGGCCUCGAGUCGAAGUAGCUCGCUGUCCACCCUAGGUGCAACCUUCCACUUGGCGGAUGGUGUGCCAUCGCAUCUCAAUGUGGCGGCGGGCUGCAGUCUCUUGGCCAAGUACGAAGACGACUGGCAGCAAAUUCAUGUGACCAAUGAGGAGAAUGGAGAACGCGCGACCGCCGUUGCCAACCAGAUUAAUUCCGUGCAGCAGAGGGCGGAGCAGCAGCGGAGGACCAUAAGCGACCUCAGCGUAAGCCUGGCUGGGAUACCCGCGCUGAUAUCAAAGCUCCAGGCGAGUAUAGAAACUCUUCACGCACUGGAGGAUAUGGGAAAGCAUCUGGAAAUAGAACUGGAAAAGCUAGAGGAUCUUUGCGAGAAUUGCGAUCUGCAGGAAUUCAUGCUGGAGAAGCAGUUCGAACUGUCGCGACACAAGCAACAGAAGCUCAAUGAACUGGAGAAGUACAGGCAGCACAUUGCUUCCCAACAUCAGGCGAAGAUCCAAGAUCAUGAACAGCAGUUGAGAAAGCUUCAACGCGAGCGCCAGGCGGUCUUUGACGAUGCAUUUCGUUGUGACAUGGAUGAGUAUAAACAGCACGGCCAGCUGACAAAAAUCCAAGCCACUACGAGCAACAAGUUGGCCCUGGAGGAAGUGGUUUUAGAGGCCAACGAAGUGGAUGCCUUGGAGCAGUUUCUCAACGGAUGAGACGCUUGCUUCACCUAGAACAAUCCGAUUGUGCCUUUACAUGUGCAAUAUGCAGUUUAUUUCGUUUUUAUACAUAUUUAAACCUGCCUGUCUUUAGGCUCGAUAUGGCAACGCCAAUAUCUUACGGAUAUUCUGAGAGCAUACGAUUUAAUUCAAAGCUGUUUUUAAAAUUUAUAUAGCAAACAUUUACUUGUUAUUAGUAUAAAUAAAUUGUAAUUUCUAGAAAUAUUAUUUCCUGUAUCGGAAUGGACGCAGAGUCGGCGCUUAGACUGACAGGCGCAGGUUAUUGAGUAAUUAGAAUUAUUUCGUUCGAUUAUUUUUUACGGCAUAUUUCACUGUUUUUGAGCUUUACAAACCCUUUGCGCUUUUAUACCUACUAACAACAACAACAACGAACCGUAAUAAAUAUAGUUGAGGGUAUAGUUGUAAAACAUU